CUAUCCUUAACAUUUCUGGUGAUUGCCCAUUUGGCAUGAAGAAGAUUAAACUGAUGUUGAUUAUUUGUGGAAAUAUUUGGCAAAAAAUUAAAUUAAUUAGUUUGUUGAAAGAUUAGUCAUUUAAAUUUAGUGGAGGACUCAAGGAAAAGUUUCCCCCGUCAUGCCAUUUCCUUAGGACAGGUGAAACAAACCCAUACGAACUGUUUUUCGGGGAGGAAACCACAACAAAGCACACCCACCAAAUAAUCCACGAUUACUCAUCGCCGAAAUGUCUGGGAAUCCUUUUGACAGCGAUGAGGACCAAAGCUCGGCCAGCGGAGAGAUCCUGGAGGGUUUCCUAUGCCCUAUUUGCCGGGCGGACCUCAAGUCCAUCGAUGUGCUCACGGAUCAUUUUGCCCGUCAGCACGCGGAAGAGGAGGCGACCUUGAAGUCCUUCAAAGACAUCUUUACCAAGGCAAAAAAGAAGAUCCUGAACCCCUUUGAUGACGAAAGGGUACCCUCCGCACCCUCACCCGGAGGUUCUUCCUCUUCGGCGUCUGCGAAGAAUCCUAAUGGCAACGGAGAUCGCAAUGGACCCAGUAAUGCUCGCUCCAGACUCAACGUUUUCAACCACAUGGCCAAGCAGCAGCCGGGUGCCGAGUGCUCCCACUUUGAGUACUUCCAGACCAUCCGAAAUCCCCGCCUGGAACGAUAUGCCAGCGAAACGAACAAAUUAAUUAUUCGACUGCAUCGUCUGCUGAAGGACUUGCCCGCGGACUCAGUGCAGCGAAGGCAGCACGAGCAGCAAACAGUAGCCUGGCUGGACGGCAGUUCCGUGAAGUUGUGCCCCAGCUGCGCUAAGAGUUUCCACAUUGCCAGGAGACAGCACCACUGCCGCUUGUGUGGGGGAAUCAUGUGCAACGAUUGCUCCAAGUUCCUACCCCUGGAGGAUGCCAUGCAACUGGCCAGUCUCUCCACCACAAGAAGUGAGCCACUUCAGCAGCUGCAUCAACAUGAGAACGCAAUCCGGCUGUGCGAGCACUGUCUCUGGCUACUGGACACGCGUCGUGACAUGCACGAAAGUCGCACCUGCCGUCCCCUUCUCGUGCAGGUUUACGAACAGAUCCGACAGUUGCAGAAGGAAGUUACCCCCGAUCUGGACAUGUAUCUGAAGAUCAUUAAUAGUUUAAACGAAGGGGACACCAUCUUUACGCUGGCGGAUGCCGGUGCUCUGCGCGGCAAAAUUGGACAAGUGGCCGAAACAAUGGACCUGCGGAGCAAGCGCAUCUUAGCUAUAUUUUGUGAGCCAGGCAGCCGAGAGGAAGCCUUGAAGAAGGCUAUUCGGUUGAGCUGCAUCCAAGCUAUAAAGGAACGUAUGCUGUCACUGCCACCACUACCGGAGGAGGCGCACAUUCGUCAGAUGCAGGAGCGUCGGCGCAUGGAGACACAGCAGCGUAUUCUGACGGAGCAGCGUAUGGCCAUGGAAGCCUAUGAGCGCAACAACCUGGCUGCAAACCAAUCGGCAGUAGCAGUCCCGGGUCCAGAAAGCGGUUCCUUUGCUCAGGGGUCUGAUCUUCAAUCCCUGAACAACUGGUCUGCACCGCAAGCGGCCAGCAAGUCCAGCCUAGACGAUCCGCUGAUCGAGCAGAUCAACAUCAUCAAAGGCUACAUUAAGCAGGCGCGCCAGGACAUGAACUUCGAAGUAGUGGAGACAUUGGAGCUUAAUCUUCGCGAGUUGCAGCGAGAGGUGUACGAGCGACAGCGCCAUUCCCAGGGCAGCACCGCCGCCUCACCCACGGAAGCCUAAACAGUAUCCUAUAUAAUUGAAUAUAUAACCAUUCCCGUUAUGACAAAUUAAAUGCUUUACGUUACA